AUGGCUUCGGGGGACGAAAGUUGGAUUAAUGAUCUCAUUCAUGAUUUUGUUCAUUCAUCAAUAUGGUUAGCACCAGUUCAAACAUUUAUCGAUACACAUUGCGCUUGUUUUGAUUAUGAGGAUGAUAAUCAUCCAUCAUCAUCGUUGCUCACUGAACAAAAGAGUAUCUAUAGGCAAUACCAAAGAUUAGUCGAUUCAUUGUUAACAAGUCUUAGUGAUGAUUUUAAUCUCGAGAAGAAUGCUCUGAAAAAUAUUUAUCAAAGAAAUUCAUCCGUAGCAAUGAAUGAGUCUUAUGAACAAUUGUAUUCUGCGGAUGAUUUUGAAUUAUUUACAGAAAUGAUGAAACGGAAAAAUUUAAUUCUUCAAUUACAAGCACUGGUCAAUCUUCAGUUAGAACACGGAAUUUUAAAACCAUCGGAUGCAAACGAUGACCGAGUUUUACAAUUAGUUCUACAAGCAACUUCGGCAGCGAAUAGACCAGCAACAAAAACAACAACUGCAAGUCCAGCAUCGACUGUUUUACCAAAUUCAAAACAACGGGACAAUGUUGAAGUUCAACCCGGCGGUCGACAACGAGAAGUGCGCGAGUCUAAAAUAAUGAAGGAGCCAGAGACAAUCGAUUCUGUCCCUGAGGAUAUUCUACGUGAAAAACUACGUGAAUUAACCAUUAGUACAGCCAAUGAUGAGACAACGGCAUCUAUGGUGUCUUCACGACAAAAUUUUCUCAAACAACAACGUGACUUAAUCAUUAGUAAGCAACGGCAUGAACGUGCACGAGAAUUGGAAAAUGAAACAAUCGAUGCUCGACCUCAAUCAGCGGCGAAUGUGGCGAGAAAAGCAAUGGAAAAGGAGCAACAGAUAUCCAACGAUGAGUUAGAAAAACGAAGAGCAAUGGCUGCAAAACUUCGACGAGAGGUUGUUGAUAAACAAUAA